AUGCCAGAAAAUGCAGGUAUUUCCACUUCGAAAAUAUGAUGACUUCCUUUCAGAAUUGGCACUCAUAUUUUUGUUAGUGGGAUUAGGACUGGUCCUGGUGGUCCUGGUCACAGUCGGCAUCUUACUUUAUUCAUGGCAGCGACAAAGGAAACGAGUCCAUAUUAAUAAAGUAAGUUUGUCCAAUGACAGUUGAAACUAAGGUUGUGUAUAUGGAUGAUAUCUUUCAGACCUCAAUACCCGAGAAAUUUGACAUCGAAUCGGUGUUUCACAAGGAGAAGAACCCGAGUUAUUACCUGCCAUCACCAAUCCCUUUGUCUCCGAAAGAAGCCUUGAGAUCCCCUGAGUCUCCACACGCACCUAAAACGGAGUCUGACGGAGCAUUGUGCAGUAUUGUGGUAGUCCAAGAAGUUUCUGAACAUUCUCCGACUUCCCCCUCUCCCCCACAAAGACCACAAUCUCCAGCGGAGACGCUAUCAAUACAGUAAAUAUAAUUUCAUAUGACAAGUUUGCAUGUUUUAUAGAGUUGAAGAGAAACCCAAACCUCCUCGACCUCACCUCAAAAACCUCAACAUGAACAGGAGCUCGGACCGGAUGGAGAAGGUGCAAGAGAACGAAAAUGAACGGCUUUAUGAUGAGUACGAGGUACGGUUAACAGGAAAGCUUUAAAAUAUUGUUAGAAAGUGGCGCGGAACAACACUACGUUUUCUAUGGAGGUCUCUCAAUUGCACAAGAACAUGAGGAAGAAUAGAUUCUAUGACGUUUUGCCUUGUAAGUUCGGUUACAGUAGGCUUACCGUUCAGAUGAUUACAAUCGAGUGAUUCUGAAAGGACCCGAGGAUUACAUUAACGCCUCCUACAUAAAAGAUAACAAAGGUAGGCUCAGAUUCAUUGCCUGCCAAGGCCCCAUCGGCGAGAAUGAGACCAUUGGAGGACGUCGUGACGCGACUAUAUACGACUUCUGGAAGCUGAUUUGGGAGCAAAAGGUUGAUUGCAUUGUCUGUUUAACACAAUGUGUCGAGAAUUUAAGAGUAAGUGACGUUUUAUAUCAUUACUUGUUUUUAGCCUAAAUGUGGAAUGUAUUGGCCCGAGUAUGCCGGAGAAGAUAUUCAGAUAGACGACCAGAUGAGUAUGAACUUGUAUUGCUACACGGAGGACGAGAUAUCAUUCCAAAGGGAGAUCUGGCUGGAGAAGAAAGGACAAGGAACGAGAAAGGUGGGACUAUCUAUAAUAUGUAAGAUGUGUGCAUAACAGCGCUUCCACGAAUCGGCCAGACAAGCAAUGCUAGUUUCUGGCUACUGUAGCCGCGCAGUUCGACGCAACAUUGUGCAAUUUUCUUUGCCAUUCCUUGUCAUCUAAAAUUUUACAACGAAGCUCAGACACACCAUCUUUUGACCACCAAAUAUGGCGGGUCUACGUUCCCGGAGGCCGCCGUGCUGACCUUUGACAUUUUCAUUCCAAAUUUUGGAGCUCGGUGAAACUUGGAAAAUUUUUGCAGGCCGCCGUCGCAAAGCGAUGAGGGGCGAUUCCAUGGCGCGAUGAUCCGCCGCCGUUAUUUCAGACUGAUGUAAUGGCUACCGUUACUGUUGUCUGUGAAGCAUUCUAACAGUUUGGCUAGCCGCUCCAGGUUUUCCUCAGCUUUUGACAGAAAUAUAUUUUUUUCCAAAAACAAAUUGAUAUACUUCGUGUAAUGUUUUAGGUAAUACAAUGGCAAUUCAAGGAAUGGCGAGACGCUACGGUCCCGGCCGAGGCUGAAAAUCUGCUCGCCUUCCUGGAGGCUGUGCGAGCUUCAAAUCGGAAGUUCCCUGUUCUUGUUCAUUGCAGGUUAGUUUGCCGCUUAAUCACACGAACUUGUUUUUAGCGCUGGUGUAGGACGUACUGGCGUUUAUAUUGGGCUGGAAUUUUUAUUGGAUUGUUUGGCUGAGGAAACAGUUAUCGACGUAGCUAAAACUGUCGUGGAAUUGCGUAACCAGCGAGGUAAUAUGGUUCAGAACGGAGAACAGUAUAUCGCCAUGUACGAAGUGAUUGCUCUAGCGAUUAGAAAAAAGUCGAGGGCAAUCGGAUAG